AUGCUUCUGACGCACAGCUGCCAAUUGGAAAUGUGUAUGUCGCAGAGAACGGAUCACCUCUCUUUAGAGCCAGUGGAGAAAGAAGUGGAAGCUUUAUGGAAUGAGAACAAGCCAGCAAUUGAUGCUUUCUUGAAAACGCUGGCGCAGUGCAUCACGGACCGACAAUCAUUAGAAUGCAUGAAAGCAUUCCGUCAUGCACUGUACACCAUAGUCCAGUUUGUAUUCAAUACACCGGAAUCAUCGUCCGAGGUAAGCAGUGUGAAGAUGGAAUUGAACCGUUUUUCAGUUCAGUGGUAUUUAUAG